AUGGGAUGCUACCGGCCUGUUUUCUCUCCAACAUGUUUUCUCAUUUUAGUCCUCACUCUAUUUUUCUACUGUUUUGCAACUGCAAAAACCAGGAACAGUUUGGAAAGAGGCUCUUCUCUUUCAGUAGAAGAUGAUUCUGAUUUCCUAAUCUCCCCAGAUAAGUCUUUCACAUGUGGGUUCUAUGGGGUGGGCACAAAUGCCUAUUGGUUCUCCAUAUGGUUCACAAAUUCUAAGGACAGAACCGUCGUCUGGAUGGCUAACAGAGAAAGACCAGUCAAUGGCAUGGGGUCCAGAGUUUCACUGAGUCGAGAUGGCUCCAUGGUCUUGAGAGAUGUGGAUGGCACAAUUGUCUGGGAGAGCAGUACCUUCACUCCCACUGGUGGUGCUGAAAGGGCAGAGCUUUUGAAUUCUGGCAACCUUGUUUUGAAAGACUCACAAGGUAAAACUGUCUGGCAAAGCUUUGAUUUUCCCACUGAUACUCUCCUCCCAAAUCAACCCUUUACAAAGAGCAUGAAGCUAAUAUCUAUGUUGGGAAGAGGGAACGUCGGUACUGGCUACUAUAGUUUUUAUUUUGAUCAUGACAAUGUUUUGAGGUUGAUUUAUGAUGGUCCGGAUAUGACAAGCGUAUAUUGGCCUAAUCCUAGUUACAGGGUACUUGCUAAUAAUAGAACAAACUACAACACUAGCAGAAUUGCUGGUUUUGAUGAAAUGGGAAAUUUUGUCUCAAGUGAUGACUUGAAGUUCAGUGCUUUUGACAUGGGUGUGAGAGUAAAAAGGCGGUUAACGAUGGAUUACGAUGGAAACCUGAGACUUUAUAGUCUCAGUGGUUCAACAGAAUCAUGGGUGAUCACCUGGCAAGCUCUUACGCAGCAGUGCAAGGUGCAUGGGAUCUGUGGAAGAAAUGGGAUUUGUGUCUAUACAUCAGAGCGGCCAAAGUGCUCAUGUCCUCCGGGAUAUGAGGUAGCUGAUGCAACUGACUGGCACAAGGGUUGCAAGCCUAAAUUCGAGCCUACAUGCUCACAGUCCCAGCAAUGGAAAUUCAUAGAGAUUCAGCAUGCAGAUUUCUAUGGAUUUGAUCUCAUUUAUUAUGAAUCCAUUUCUUUUCUCCAUUGCAGAAAACAAUGCUUGGAGGAUUGCCGUUGUGAAGCAUUUAGCUAUAGGAAAGGCAGUUGUUACACAAAAGGUGCUCUCUUCAAUGGGUACGUGUCUCCAAAUAUUCCGGGCGGUAUUUACUUGAGGCUGCCUGAGAGUGUGGAUACGUCACCACCCACAAAUCCUAAUGUCUUUAAUACGUGCAGGAUCAAUGUGUCAACUACUUACACCAAUACCAGUAAAAGGGAGAGAUGGAUAUAUCUGUAUUCUUUUACUUCUGCAAUUGGUGCAGUCGAAUUUCUCUUCAUAUUAUCAGGUUGGUGGUUACUUUUCAGAAGAUCACAUGGUGUGGCACCUCCCCAAGAAGAUGGAUAUGCUUUGCUUUCAAGUCAAUUUAGAAUGUAUCUCUAUGCUGAGCUCAAGAAGGCAACCAAAAACUUUAAAGAAGAGCUGGGAAGAGGGGCUUCCGGGGUUGUAUAUAAGGGUGUUCUGGCAGAUGAAAGAGUGGUGGCUGUCAAGAAAUUGGCAGAUAUUUAUAAAGGAGAAGAAGUAUUUUGGGCAGAAGUAAGCACAAUUGUGAAAGUCAAUCACAUGAACCUAGUGAGAACAUGGGGAUUCUGUUCUGAAGAUAAACACAGACUUCUAAUCUCUGAGUAUGUUGAAAACGGAUCAUUGGACCAGCAUUUGUUCCCCCCAAAUUUCCUUGGAUGGAAAGAGAGGUUUAAAAUUGCACUAGGGAUGGCUAAAGGUUUAGCCUAUCUUCACCAUGAGUGUCUAGAAUGGGUUAUUCAUUGUGAUGUGAAGCCUGAAAAUAUACUCCUAGACAGUAAUUUUGAACCAAAAAUUGCAGAUUUCGGCCUGGCAAAGUUAUCCCAGAGAGGCGGCCUCAAUUCAGUAUCCUCUCACAUUCGAGGAACAAAAGGGUAUAUGGCCCCAGAGUGGGCUUUGAACCUUUCAAUCACUGCAAAAGUGGAUGUUUACAGUUACGGAGUGGUGCUUCUAGAGAUAUUGAAGGGCAUUCGACUUUCGAAUCCGGUUGUGGAGAAUUCUGAGGAGGAGGAAGCAGAGCUGAAGAGGUUUGUCAAGGUAGCCAAAAGGAAGAUUCAAUGCGGGGAAGAUCGAUGGAUAGAGGAUAUGUUGGAUUCAAGAUUGGAAGGGCAAUUCAGCAGGAACCAAGCAGCAAAGAUGGUGGAGAUUGGUAUUUCCUGUGUGGAGGAAGAUAGGAACAAAAGACCAACAAUGGAUUCAGUAGUGCAAAUGUUGCUAGAAUGUGAAGAGGAGCACAACAUUCAGAAGUAA